AUGGCUGCGCGGAUCAACGCUCUGUGGGAGUUUGAGUACCAAAUCACCCUCCUCGUACUGUAUAUGGUUAGUGACGUCGUCGCUCCUGUAAGUGGAGUCCUGAUGGAGAAAUACGGUCCUCGGAAGGUGGCAAUCUGUGGAGGAUUAAUCUCCAGUACCGGAUUAUUUCUCUCCACGUUUUCACCCAACCUGGACGUCAUGAUCCUGCUGUAUGGAUUCGUUGGGGGGUUUGGAAUGGCCUUACUCUAUUCCACUUCACUAGUCAUUGUUGGCAUAUACUUCGAAAAGCGGAGAGCUCUUGCUACUGGGAUAGCCGUGUCUGGUUCUGGAAUCGGUGCUUUAGUGUUCGCCCCUCUUAGUGAGAUACUUCUGGAGACGUAUGGCUGGCGCGGGACAAUAUGGUUAAUGUCAGCUGUUGUUCUCAACACUGUGGUUUGUGGUUCAUUAUACAGACCUAUUGGUAAACAAGAAAGUAUGGCAGCCAAGUCUGAAACCACCAAGAACAAUUGUAUACUGGAUGUUUUCGAUUUGUCGUUGCUGACAUACCCAGUUUUCAUACUACAAACUUUUGCACGUUUCCUCUAUUUGAUAGGAUACAACAUUCCUUUUAGCUACCUGCCAGCACAGGGCGAAUCUAUCGAACUGUCCUCCCAUGAAAGUGCCCUUCUAAUUUCCAUCAUCGGGAUAUCGGGCACGAUAUCACGUAUUCUGAUUGGUUACAUAUCAGAUAAACGUUGUGUUAACACCCUCGUCCUGAACAGUACAAUGCUGAUGAUUGGUGGAUUAGCGACCUGUUUCGUUCCAUAUUACACGACGUUUGAAGUCCUUUCUUUGUAUUCAGCUACAUAUGGAGCAGUUGCAGCAUCAUUUGCCUCUCUGCUUACUAUCAACCUGGUGAAACUGAUUGGAUUACAAAACCUGAACCGUGCACUUGGGUUACAAUUAUUGUGCAUGGGAAUAGGAUCAUUCAUCGGAUCUCCAAUAGCAGGUGUCUUGUCUGAAACGUCCAACAACUACAAUAAUGCCUUUUAUUUCGGUGGAGUCUUCAUUGGAUUAGCAGGCUUAGUUAGUUUACCACUUACUCGCUUGGCUAAUCGGAAACAAAACAGGACUGCCGAAAUCAACGGAUUCACCAACAGGAGUUUUACCCCUGCACAGACAACAACUAUUUCAUUAAAGUCUUUAAAACAACUGUCAGACACAAGAAGAAAUUCCGCUUGUUUUGGGGGUGGGGGGUUCCACACUGAAGAUAAAAUGUAGACAUUGUAUAUGCUUUGAAGACGUGCGAAGAAUCGACUAAAUUUGUGUUCGCGUUUUCGCCUAUAUAGCAAAAUAAUGUGCUAAUCAACGUGUCGACAAUAUGAAUUGAAUCAAAUACUUUAAUCAUGCUGUAAUCGAUUCUAGACUGAAAUGGGGUUAAUGCUGACAAUAUACACGAAUAAUGCUAGUUUGUACUAAAGUUUGCGUGUGCUACCGUGGAAUGCCAGGGACUCUCGUAAACUUGCUACUUAACAUAAACAAAUAUUAUUGGAUCAAGAUAUCAGAACAUAAUCAUGUACAUUAAUUCCAUUAAAUUAGUAAGCGGCCUGGACUCAACUAAACUUACUUGCCGGUGUUAUUUUAUAGUAUUCCUCUAUGCGGACAUGCCGACCAAAUCAGUUAUAUUCAUUUUUAUUUUUAAUAUAAAUUUCACAGCUCAAUCUUAAGGGACCUGUGAUUGUCAAUGCAUGUAUUGAAAGGCAUCGUCAACACACGUCAAAAACCAAUAUAAAGUUAUUAUGUCUAAAAUAAUUGUAUGGAUAAACAACUCCUAUCCAACUGUGUGUCCACGCUAAAUGAGAGGAAAUUUCCGGUCUACGUCAACCUAGAUCCUACAUUCUAAAAGUUUCGACUGGCUAUUUGUAGAAUUAUAGACGACAAACUGCUUCAAUGAAACUUCAAAGUUCACGUUGUGACGACAACGUCUUUAAAGAAACUUCAACUACUCGUAAUUUAAAAAAUCAAUUCUUUAAAUUGAAGCGCUAACAUUUUAAUACAAAUUGAAACAGAAACUAUCGGUUAAAAUGACGAUUUGUGUGUAUUUGUGCGUAUUUCUAUCGAUAAUUAUCCAAAAUUUGAUUUUUUUUUAGAUAUACAGGACCUGCCAGGACCUUGUUCCCAUAGUGCUCUACAAACUUGUGUGCCGUCAAGACCGAUAACUCCUAAAAUAUUUAGUUUUAAAUAUAUCAUUGAAUUAUGUUUGGAACUUGUUGGUUAUUAUCUUUCUGUAAUUAACACGUAACAUAAAUUUGGGGCUCUUUCCGGAUACUAUUUACAAUAAAAAUUAAAGAUUUUAAUGAUUAACAUAAAAGGUAUUUGUAAAAUUUACUUUGAAAUUUAUUCAUACUUUGAGACCAACAGCUAAGUUAUUAUGGCUACAAGAAAGUGGAAUAGUUCUAAUAGAAGUUAACAAGAAUGGUUUAUUUUCUAAGAGAAAUGGCUAGGUUUUACUGUUAACUUUUCAAAUAAAAAAACUGAAAUUAGACAUUUCAUUAUGAGACACAAAAUUGAAAUAGAGAGACUUGAGUCUUGUACAUGAAAUUGUAUAGAGGACUAACGUCAGUUAGUCUCAGCAAAUUAAACAAGCUAAUUCAACCAUGACAGAAAGAAAAGGAGAGAAAAGAAAUAGAAAAAGAACGAAAAAUAAAGGGAAAAGAAAUAAAGAACGACUGUUGGAAUAGAUCGAGAGAAAAAAAACGAAUGUAGAAAUAAAUUGAAAGGAAUGAACAAUAACAGCUAGAGGGACAGUAAAGUCAAGAAGAACUUAAAAGAUUAAUUGUUAUCUUCUGAAUGUAGAAUAAUUAACCCCAUAUCCGGUUUUCACCAGGUAACAGAGGUGUGUAUGUCCACGGGAAUGUUCGGUUGUUACUACCUUUUCAGAAAGAAUGAGUUUACAAAUUAUCCAUGCAUUUUGAUAUAGCUGGCGAUAAUCUAAAAGGGCCUGAAGAUAAAGUAUGAGUAAAGCGGCGACGAUGGUGAUAGCUCUCUUGCUUCUGUUAUCAACACCCAAACGAUUUCUCGUUUAACACAACUUCAAAGGGUUAACGAAAUGGUUAUGCUAAUACAUGAAAAUUGUCAAAAUGCUGCCCUACGGCAGUUUGGUGUCACCCUUUUAAAAUCUAAAUCGUAUCUAUAUGGGAAUGCUUGUUUCAUAAAUGUUUAUUGAGCGAACUGUACAUUGUAUAUGUAGUAAACUGGUGUAAUAUUUUUAUCGUAGUAAAUGUUAGAUUUGGUAAUUACCUAUUGAUGCAUAAAGGCAUGUAAUAGUGUCCAGUGCGCAGGGAGGAUUGAUACCAUCGGCAUCGUAUACUUUUGAUCAAAUACCACGCAUUACCUGUAUAUAGUGUUAAUACUCACACGAUUUCCAUUUAUAUGCGGACGUGCUAUCAUAUGCAUUGGUUUGUUCACAAUUUACUUUGUAUAUUCUCUAUAAUUACCCCAAUCAAAUAGUUAUGUUUUACAUCAUAGUAGUAUAUGCGUAUAUAACUAUAACAAUACUCACCAUUAUAUUGUAAUGUGUAUGAUCAAUUUUUAUAUUGUAUGUGUUUUAUCUAUAUCGCAAAUUGUAAAUUAUGAAAUUUCCCAUUCUUAUAUGCAUUCAAUGUACGUUUCAUGUAAUCUAAGUCGCUGAAUUAAUUUCAUAUUGUUGAUUUAUUCCCUAAAUAUUUCGGAUUGUUUGUAUGUCGGUUGCCUGCUA